AUGUUGCUCCGUCCGCUGCUGCUCCUCUGCGCCGCCCUGGCGGUGGCCGGCGCCGCCAACCCGCGGCAGCUGGACGCCGUCAGACACUUCCUGGAGGAACGCCACCUGCCGGCCGGCUCCGCACCGUCGCCCCGAGUUGUGCGCGUCUUCACCGAGCCGAAACAGCCGGAGCAGCCGGCCCCGCAGGCGCCGACACCGACGCCGUCGCCGUGGUUCGACUGCCCGACCACCUUUGGCCUGUACCCGGACCCGUACGACUGUAACAAGUACUUCCAGUGCAGCUACGGAGUGGCCUUCGAGGAACAGUGCCAGCCGGGACUCGAGUUCAACCCGAGGUCCAACUCGUGCGACUUCCCGAGUAACAUCAACCCGCCGUGCCAGGCGAUCCCGUACCCGACGGACGAGGCUCCGGCGGCGCGGCCGGAGGAGGCCGCCCACUCCGCCGCCCAGCGGCCCAGCGUGCACGUGCAGGCCGCGCCGGAGGUGCACAUCAACGUGCCGAAGGUGCCGCAGGUCCACGUCCAGAAGCCGGCCCUGCAGCAGCCGCACGUCCAGGCGCAGCAGCCGCACGUUGAGCUGCCACAAGUCCAUGUCGAAAAGCAGGAGGUUCCACAGGUGCACGUCCAGAAGUCGGCGCUGCCGCGUCUGCUUCACUAG